UUUAACAGCAACCCUGUGAGAGUAGGAAGAAGGGGUGUUCAUUACAACACUGGUGUUUUCGCGGUGUUCCAACACUUUUCUGUUAAUUUCCUCCUUUAAAAAAAAUCGCAUUUUAUCACCAGUUUGUUUAUUUAUUUUGGUGUUUGGUGCAUUUUACAUCACUGAAAGUGCAGGAGUUUAUAUUUAUUUGUAACUUCACCAGCACAGAUCAAGGUCACGCGGUUAGAUGCACUCACACGUGGGCCGUGUAAGGGAUCACAGGUCUGUACAUUAUGGCAGGAUUGAUUAAUUUUGAGGACGAAAAAGAAGUGAAACAGUUCUUGGACAAUUUGGGAGUGGAGUACAGCUAUCAGUGCUACAAGGAGAAAGACCCUGAAGGUUGUCAGAGGUUGGCAGAUUACUUGGAGGGGGUGAAGAAGAACUACACCCAGGCCGCUCAGGUUCUCAAGCACAGCUGUGAGAAUUACAGUCAUGGAGAGAGCUGCUACAAGCUUGGGGCCUACCAUGUCACGGGCAAAGGUGGGGUGACAGAGUGUCUAAAGAGCGCCUACUCCUGCUUUGUCAAGGCAUGUGAUAUCAAAGGAAAGAAGUCAGUGGAUGCAUGCCACAACGUCGGCUUGCUCGCCCAUGACGGUCGAGCCUUAGAGAGCAGUCCAGACCCUGUGGCGGCUCGUCACUACUAUAAGAAAGCCUGUACGGGAGGGUUUGCUCCUAGCUGUUUCAAUUUGAGUGCACUAUACAUCCAGGGCUCAGCAGAAGUGAAUAAAAGCAUGCCAAAAGCUCUAAAGUAUGCCAUGCGGGCCUGCGAGUUGGGCCACGUUUGGGGCUGCUCCAACGCCAGCCGCAUGUACAAACUGGGCGAUGGCACGGAGAAGGAUGAAGAGAAGGCAGAGAAGCUGAAGAACAGAGCGAAAGAACUUCACGGACAGCAGAAAGAGCGGCAACUGAAAUUCGGAGAGUGAGAGAGAGAGAAAAAACGCUCGAUUUAGUGUGGUAUUUGGGUUCUCGGUGAUGUGCUGCCCGCUAUACAAGAUGGAGGAGCGUGUGAGAAGUGUCGCAGCAUAAUGUGUGUAUUGGGGGCGUGUUUAAGUAAUGUGCCAUUGCAUGUGAUUGGUUGUUGGUUGCAAACUCAGACAAAUGAUCUUGAUAUGUAUGAACAUGUGGACAUUUGAACUUUCCAUUUGUAAAUCUGACAGUACUGUAUGGUAAUCGAGUUAAUAAAUGUGUUAUUUAUUGCACUAACACCACCAAA